UCUUCAGACAAGACGAAUAUAGUCAAAUUAACAUAAUCAUUUGUUUAUAGAACAUUACAAUAUUACAAUAUUUUAAUAUUCUUGGUUAUAGAAUAUUAUUAAUCUACAAUCAAGUCAAAUAUAGUCAAACUAAACACAAUCAUUUUCUUAUACAUGACUAAUAAUAUUAAUAUUCUUGCUUAUAUAUGAGAAAAUGAUUGUUCAUGAACAAGAAUAUUUUUUUUCUGUAUAUUCAUUGAUUUUGGAAGUCACCGGUUCCAUCUUACGUCUCACUGAAUCGGAUCGCAAAAUUUGUAGUGCACAAAUUUGUCACACCGUGUCAAAUCCAACUUUUCGCGUUUAUGGCGAUGGAAUCAACAGCUUCCGUACGAUCUGCAUGCAAUGACAUUGUUUGUGUUUGCCAAGUGCGUCAAUAACGAUACACGGAAAAAAAACGUUUAGUCGGAUCAAUUUCCGGUGAAAUAUGAACGAGCCAUUCCGGUUGAGGUUAUCAGAAUUUCUAGUUCGUCCGUAUUUCACCAGAGAGAUUUGGUUGAUCCAACCGAACAUUUUUAACAGUCAUUAUUAACCGAUCUUCUCGGCGAAAUUUUGGUUGCGCUGUAUUCGAUGUUAUAAUUGAAUCACCAAUUGUAAUUAUAGUGUUAUAAUAAAGAAUACAUUGAUUGCGCUUUAAAAGAAGGGAAAUGGGGCGCGUCGAUAUCGACGUCAAAGCUGGGAAAAUAAUUCGUGAUUUCAAUUUAACUCGACGAGUUAUCACUUUACAUUAAUUUUAUCGAGAAAAGGGAAAUUAAUAUAACGUAUUCUCUGGCAAAUUCCGCGGAGCGAAACUCUACGUUAAUCUGAAGACGCCCGUCAGGAUCUAAUUACCGAGAGCCGCAUCCGCUAAAAUUAAGUAGCUCAAAUUCCAACGUUGUAUUUUUACCGGGAACUUCACGCCUGACACACUUCGACAGAAAGAACCGUCAACCGAGUAUCCUCCUUCUACUCGUAAUACCCGUUUGUGUUCGUGAAGCAGACAUCUUUCUCUUUCUUUUCCUCAAAACGCAAAUUCCUCUCCGCCGAAAAUCCGCAUGAAAAAUUUUCUCAUUCGCAACUUUUCGCGCGGCGAACGAAAAUAAACUGCGUCUCGCAAGAUUCACUCGACUCGCGGGGACAAUCGUCGGAUAAGUGUCUCCUCAGCGUCGAUAACAGUGAAUCCGCCACGGGAAAGAGUAGGAAGUCGCGCGUUCGCGAUUCCGUGCCGAUCUCGAGAGCUCCGAGACGCAAUAUCCUCCGACACGGGUCCUUCUCGCGGGACAGUCCUUGGAGGAUUUGACGACGGAGUAAAAUCUCUGUGCGACGUAGGUGGCACGAGAGAGAGAAAGAGAGAGAGAGAGAGAGAGAGAGAGAGAGAGAGAGAGAGAGAGAGAGAGAGAGAGAAAGGAAGAGCCGGAGGAACGAGGUAGCUCAGCGACAGCGAAGGCGGCGACGGCGACGGCAACGACUCGUACGAUGCACGGGAAACAAUCGCGAGCAAAAGCGACAAUAAUGACGGCGUUAGAGAUAAGUGCAAACCCCGACAAUAAAUAUGCAAGACUGAUAUCGCUGGAGGAAAGGAUAACACUGCCCGUGUAGAAGGAGAUAGCGACGUAUCGAUUGCGCGGCGAAAUAUCCCCCUUCGCUUCCCGCGCCGCUCGACGAAACGCUCGUGCGAGAAACUUCGCGCCAGUACACCGCCGGUAUCUUCCGACGUGAGGAGUACUUGGAGUGUACCUGGCGGAGUACUUGGAAUAUCGACUAACCUACGGGAGCGAGCGGAGGUGAACAUGGAAAUCGCGUGCAGCGCGCCUCCCUCCGGUCGCGGCUCCGUCAACGUUUCUGCCGCCCUGUGGUGCGCGAGUUCCUAGGCGAGGCAAGCAGCCGACCAAGAGAAACGAGAAGAGAUGUCACUGAAUCACAGAUAUUACGUAACAACGAUACCGGACGAGGGCGAGGACAAUUUUAAGAUGCCCAGGGCUUCCGUGGUACACAUGGCAUCGACGGCGACGAGACCGCAGCACAUGUCACAGGUUCUAGCGACCCUGGCAUUAUCAAUGGGAACUCUUUCCUCCGGUUUGGCCAAGGGCUACACUUCGCCAGCGUUGGACUCGAUCUUGGAUAAUCAACCGCCCCAUCUCUACCAGUCGUCCAACAAUGACACAUGGUCGGCCUUCUCGGUUACGCAACAGGAAGCUUCGUGGGUCGCUUCUCUGUCCAUGCUGGGCGCCUGGUUCGGCGCCAUGAUCGGCGACUGGAUAAUGAGACGAGGUCGGCGAUUAGCUCUACGUGUCACAUCCUUACCCCUGGCGGCUGCCUGGGUAGUGACGGGGGUCGCGCCGCGCGUGGAGCUCGUGUACGUCACCAGCUUCAUCGGCGGGCUUUGCUGCUCGGUCAUUACUAUGGUGGCUCAGGUGUACAUAUCGGAAAUCUCGAUGCCGGGCAUCCGAGGAUGCUUGUCGGCGAUGUUGAAGGUGCUGGGUCACGUCGGCGUGUUGUUGUCGUACAUAGCCGGCACAUAUCUGAAUUGGCGACAGAGCGCGCUACUAGUGGCGGUCGCACCGUCAAUGCUCUUUUUGGGGACCCUCUUUAUACCCGAGACACCGUCGUACCUCGUGCUGAACGGCAAAGAUGAGGAAGCCGCCAGCAGUUUGCAGUGGCUGCGCGGGGAGCACGUUGAUAUACGGCACGAGCUGCAGGUGAUCAAAACGAAUAUUCUGGCGUCGAGGGCCAAGCAAUACGAGCUGAACUUUAGAAACAGCGUCCUCACGCCGAGGCUGUACAAACCUAUCGCUAUCACGUGCGGUCUCAUGUUCUUCCAGAGAUUCUCCGGCGCGAAUGCGUUCAAUUACUACGCGGUUCUCAUUUUUCGUCAGACCCUGGGAGGAAUGAACCCCCAUGGAGCGACCAUUGCGAUCGGAUUUGUGCAACUGUGCGCCGCGUUGCUAUCAGGAUUUCUGAUCGAUAUCGUGGGAAGAUUGCCGCUUUUGAUAGCCAGCACCGUCUUCAUGUCCCUCGCGCUCGCCGGUUUCGGCAGCUACGCGUACUACGUGUCACAAACGCAAAACCUUGGCUACGUGGAUUCGGCAGUGGUGGGCCAACACGAUUGGAUACCGCUGCUUUGCGUGCUCGUGUUCACGACCGCCCUCGCCCUGGGCAUAUCGCCAAUAUCUUGGCUAUUGAUUGGCGAACUGUUCCCUCUAGAGUAUCGCGGUCUCGGCUCCAGCAUCAGCACGAGCUUCAGCUACUUUUGCGCGUUCUUCGGAAUUAAGCUCUUCAUGGACUUUCAGCAGACUCUCGGUCUGCACGGAGCCUUCUGGUUUUACGCCGCCGUGGCGGUGUGCGGACUGUGUUUCGUAGUCUGCUGCGUCCCUGAGACGAAGGGCAAACAGCUGGACGAGAUGAAUCCGGAUUAUGCGCAGGCACGGUAGUAUAAGGCCUCCCUGACGGGGGGCCUCUCGAACCUCGAGAAGGCGAACAAGCCUCUACCGGGAGGCGCUUAUCCAAACGAGCACGAUCCGCGCGAUCUGUACAGCAACGAGGCACCGUCGUCGAUCGCGCGGCCGUCAGCCGCGACUACGUCGAGCGUCGCGACGUCGUCAUCCGCGCGCGCCGCUCACCGCAAGUUGUCCGACUACUGCGGUAUCUUCGCCGAGAAGACCAACCGAAUCGGCAAAAACGUGGAGAACUUCAUGCAGUCGCGUGGUUUGCUGCCGAUUCGUCGCACGUUCGACGAGACGUCGCGCGUCGACGUUCCCAACAGCAACGGCGACGUCGUGCGGAACGACGUGCGGGACGAGUACGCGACGCGCGAGAACCGUCGUUCGUCGCAUCGUCGCGAGAACCAUGACUA